CCAUUCCCAAAGAACCGCCAACAUUGCGCCAAAAACUUUACCAAAAUAAACAAAUAAUAUCCAAAAACCAUGUCGGAUAUAGAAGAUGUGCCCGAAACCCAGCUGGAAAACGAUGUGAGCGAUGAAGCAGGAUUGGAGGAGGAAGAUGACGACGAUAUGGAACAGAUCACGGCUCAAAAGGUUCUAGAGAUCCUGGAAACUGCCUGGAUCAACGAGAUGUGCGCUCCCGAGAUCCUGCCCAGCCAGACGGACAUGCUGGAGCUGAUGGUCUCCCAGGUGGCCCACAUGGAGGAGCAGAUGCGCGACCUGGACAAGAACGACUUCCGGGCGGUGGUGCACUCGAUGGAACUGGAGAGGGUGCGCUACAUAAUGGCUAGCUAUCUGCGGUGUCGCCUCCAGAAGAUCGAGACCUUCACGCAGCACAUCCUCAACCAGGAGGCGAGUCGCGAGACGGAUGACAAGCGCCUCUCGCCCGAGGAGACCAAGUUCGCCCAGGAGUUUGCCGCCAAUGUGGAUGAGUACUUCCACAAGGUGGCCACCCAAUAUAUGCCCAAUCAGCAGAGAGGAGAGGCCGAGCAGAGGAUCGUGACCCCCAAUCUGAUGAGCCAUGUCUUCCUCAAGGCAAAUGUGGCGGUGCCCGCCGUGAUCGUGGGCGUCGAUGACGAGGAGGUGGACAUGGCCGCCGGUUCCCAGCACAUUAUUCCCUACCAACUGGUGGCCGACUUGAUACAGAACAACCAGGCGCAGCUAAUUUAAUAGGCUUACUUAGCAGGUAAUAUACGUAAUAAUAAAAA